CAUCUGAUCCUUUGCCUGGGAAUGAAUCGUACCAUGAAGCAGCAACAGGCAGAACGGCCCCGACGUCACCCAUAAGAAAGACUCACAGGACGGAGACCGCUCAGAAUGAGAUCUCCUGGGACUCCCAAGUUCAACCGCUAUAUAAAAAUGGGAGAGAAAACAAGCCUGUGAAGGACAGGGGAUCCCAAGGGGGUUUACCUAAUUUUCCAUUUCAGAGCUUUCUUGCUGGAAAGGAUCCUUCAUGUACAAAUGAGACUGGACGUAGACGGAAUAGGCUCGGCACAGAGCUGCUCUACAGAGGGUCCAUCAGCCCUUGUGAGAGUUACAGUGAGUCCUCUGAUGAGCAACGAUCCAGCACUUCUCUAAGUAGUGAGGAAACCUUUCAGGCUGGGCUACAGCAAAUCAGCCAGCUCCGCUGGGAUGUGGAGAGUAGGCUGAGACCCACACAGGAAGACUGGGAGACCCACACAGCGAAAGGAGCUGAGGAAACAGAGACGAUUUGACAAAAAAGGAGCGAGUAACACGUCUAACAGGGAGAGGGUGCAGUUGAACACCCUCAGCUUAGUUGGAAAUGUAUGCUGUCGCUAAGAAAGAGAGCUGUGGAUCUGUAACAACCCUGAAUCAGCUUGAAAUGUAAGAGACAUGCGUUCAAACGCACGGCUCAGAGGCUGGAGGUGCUCUUAUCAGUCGACUCCCAACAUUAAUGAGGCAGUGGUUAAUGAGUAUUGCUGGCACCAAAAUGCCACGACACCAUGGAGGAGUCUGAGGACUAGAUUGGAGGAUCCAGUGAGAGGAAGGCGAACACCCCCGUUUUUGUCUGGCUUUACAUCAUUUGAUGAACCAUGGAGAUCAGAACACACAUCUAGUCCUUUUUUAUUCCUAGGACGGACACGUAGCGUCCCCGAAGCUCUCCAUUGCUACAACAGACCCGCUUUGCGGUCAAGCUUCUCCUCGAUCACCAUCACCGCCCGGAGUUUGUCUCCUAAAAGGGAUUGCGCAGCUUAUUCAAAAUCAACCUUUCGUCCUCUGAACAUGCCUGACAGACCGCCCUCUUUUAUGGCCCGCAGUGAAAAUAAAACCCUACAAGCCAUUGCUGUCGCUCCGGUGCCUCCUAGACGCAGUACAGUUGUGGUGACGGUGACCGAGAACAGAGAACGACAUUGUGCGAGCAAGACCCCCAGCAGUCCCCAAGCUCCACCAGUCCAUGAGCACAGCUACACUGAGGAAGGAGAUCAAACGGACUCUUUAAAACGUCCUGUCUUCCGCUCUUGUGCCUAUCUGGAGCUCCUUCCAUCCAAGCUGUCCAGAUCGACUCUGUACUUGGACAAAUCCCUCUCAAUCCCUCUUGGACAGACUUUGUAUAGAUCCACUCUGUCCCUUUCCCUUGGAAAACCAUCUUUUACUCAGACCCCUGAGAAACUCGAAACCAUGAUUCACACUAAAAGGUCCUACAGUGAAAGGGACAUGGCACACGUUGGCGUUGAUGGAAAAGAAAUGCUGUUCCAGCAAGUGAAGAAUGGUUCAACCAUCAAUGGCAGUGCUUUUAAAAGUAAUACUGGCUCCUGUUCCGACAUGCAGUGUUCCACUUUAACAUCAUCGCCAUUCAGAACAAGGUGCCACUCAUCUUCUGCUGCCUUCAGACUGAAUGGAAAGGCUAAUGAUGUCUUAGGGCCUUCUCAGUGCAAUCUAACAGCCAGACAGGCAUUCAGCGAACCAUCAGGAGUCCCUCCGGUGCACAUAAGGGCCCCUCAUGAUGUCAGAACAGUUUUCCACACUGCUGAGAAAGUCAGGAGACUUAUUGAGUGCCCGGUCUCUCCUCAUCUGACUAAUUGCACCUGUGGGUCCAUGACUGACCAGCAGGACUCAGGAUACCAGUCGCUUAGCUUAAGGGAGGCUCUUGAGCGAUUUCGUCCAGAUUUCAUCUCUCGCUCUCAGAAUCGGCUGCGACGAUUGGAACUGAGGGCCAGGGAUAGGCGGUGCUUACAAACAGCUGAAUUUAUCAUGGGCGUGGAGACCGCUAACCGUAGGCGGAACUGCACCAAACCACACCCCCUCAGUGAUAACCUUUUCAAACCCAGAGACAGAGCCAUCUCAGGCAAGGAGAUGCAAUGGAGAUCCAGGCGGAUUUACAGCAAACUCCCUGAGGUGACCAAAAAGAAAGAGGAGAAGAGGAAGAGGCUGGUGUUGGAAACCAACAGACUGAGGGCAGAGGUGUUCAAAAAGAAACUUUUGGAUCAGGUUCUUCAAAGACACGGUGACUGAGGGAAGUGCCUGUUCACAAGAUUCAUAUCCCCCGCGUUCUCCUUGCCUGAGGCGAAGAACUGAAGACGAGCAAGACCUUUGCAGCUUCCUCCUGAGAGCAAAGCUUGGCUUUCUGAUGCGUUGUUCCAAAUAUAAAACACCUUUUACUGGACCAAGUGAAUCCACAUGACAUACAAUGUGCAUGCACAUGCGUUCCCUGUUUGUCCUUGUGUGAUAGGUAUUUUUAAAGAUGACACGUUUGAUAAUUAAGAAGACUCUUACAAGACUCUAGACCUGGUAGAGUCUGUUUCAGUUGAAUCACAUUAUACCUUAUACCUAAUUAUAUAAUUGAUAACACUUCAUGCAUUAAUGUAUUUUCAUUAACAUUAACAGAAAUGAAUAAAUAGUGUAAUAAAUGCAUUGCUCGUUGUUGGUUCAUGUGAGUUAAUACAUUAACUAAUGUUAACUAAUAACACCUUGUUGUAAAGGGUUGCCAUAUAUUGCAAAGGUCUCUUAUAAACAGCUUCUUCUACUCUUGAAAUAAUAGUCAUUUUAGUUCAAAAGGUCAUCAAUAAUAGUCUCAAGUACUGUUUGGAAGAAAAAACAGAAAAGUAAAUGCAAUAUUGGCAUCUUUGAACCUGCUUUUAUUCGGAUUCAUUAUGCAAUUUUCCCCACAUUAAAAUUUGGACAUUAUGUUCUCUUUCUGUAAUAGCCAAUUUCAGUAAGC